AUGCUCGUAUCGGAGCCAUUGGUAUGGCAAGCUGGCGACAGAGCCGCAUACUCUAGCUUGUCGUUUAUCUUAUUAGGAUACGCGUUGGAGAAUAUCACAGGUAAGACAUUUAUCGAUUUGUUGAAGGAAAGUGUGUCAAAGCCCUUGGGUUUAUCGUUCACUGGGCUCGAUCCUCCGGUAGAUCUAUCGCAAGCAAUUAUCCCUGCCGGUCAAGGAGGGUUUGUCAUGGGAUAUGAUAUUGGAAGCUACAAUACAACUGCGGGCUUAUACUCUACACCGGCCGAUAUCUCCAAGUUUCUACGAGCUAUCAUGGCCAAUGCCCUUGUGUCGUCAUUACAAACGCGUCAGUGGUUGAAGCCGUCCAUAUUUGCCGGAUCCUUCUCGACAGCAGUCGGGAUGCCCUGGGAGAUUUUCCGGCUAUCAAAUCUCACUCCUGAUAACCGGCCUAUCGAUCUCUACACGAAGUCUGGAGGCAUAUUCGGCUAUGAAACAAACAUGGUCCUCAUACCGGAGUUCAAUGUUGGUAUAUCGGUUCUUGCUGCUGGGGACGACGCCGGCGAUGGCUUGAUGGGGCUGCUCGACAUUGUGAUCCCGGCAACAGUAUCUUCUCUUGACCAGCUAGCCAGGCAACAGGCAAAAGAGACGUACGCCGGUAACUACCAGUCAGCGAAUGGGACAGAUGCAAUACUUUCAUUGGACGUAGAUGAUGGUCCAGGCCUGAAGAUUACGCAGUGGACCAACCGAGGUAAGUCCAUGCUCGAGUUCCUGGCGUCUCGCGAAGGUACAAACGUCAUGGACCUCGACGCGAGACUGUACCCAGUGGGCGAAGGACAGCGUUGGAGGUUGGCCUUGGAGAGAACGGAAAGAGUAAACCCUUCGGUUUUCAGCGACGCCUGCAUCACAUGGCUUAGGGUGGAUCAGAUGAGAUACGCGAAACAACCGGUCGAUGAGUUCACGUUUGACAUUAAAGGAGGGGCCAUUAUUGGGCUAAAGAACAGUGGUCUGCGAGCGAAGCUUGUCAAAACAUCUUGA